GGUGAACACGUAAACAAUACUCUUCAGUACGGAGGUGAAAGAUGAACUGUCAAACUAUGCAAGGCUUUCUGUAUAUUUUUGCAUGCAUAAACGUGUAUAUUGCAGUUUGCAAUGCAAAUGGUAAAGUUACAGGGGAAGGAGAAGGUUUUUGUCAGAAAACUAGCGAUGGUGUGACGUGUGUUAAUCAUGACGACCUUAGAUUGACUCGUAUUGACGGGAUGCAGGUUGGAAAUGUCAGAACAAUAAAUGCAGAUGGUAAAAAACUCCAGAUGAAAACACUUAACAUAAAACCUUUGGUAUUUGAAAUUGAAGAUUUUCUGUCAGAUGACGAAUGUGAUCAUUUUAUAGAGACAGCCAAGCAGAUUGGUUUAGAAUCCAGCCAUACAGAGAACCAGUCACCAAAACAGGGUUUACAGUUGAUGGAUGUGAAUUCUGACAAAGCUCUUAGUCUGUCUGAGAUGAAGCUGACAAUAGAGAAUGGUUAUGAUAUUUACUUGGAUGAAGAAGAUAUCAUACAAAUGUAUAAGGACCUCAAACUUGAUUCUAAUAAUGACAACCUUAUCACACAAGCAGAGAUGACAAUUUCUCCAAAACAGUUGAAGACAUAUUUGAGCGAAUUUGUCAAGAAGCAUCCAGAGAAACAUUCGCGGUACAGUCGGCAAGCAUGGCUCUACCCUGAUAAAUCUACAGAUACUAUAUUCCGAGCCGUACAGUCCAGGGUGUCACAAGUGGUUGAUUUGCCAAUGGACUUGAUAAGGCUCAGUGACUUUCAGGUAGUCACAUAUGGGGUUAAAGGUCACUACAAUGCUCAUUUGGACUCCUCCCAUAUCAUAAAGGAUGUUAGAUGCUGUGAUAGAGGACUUUACAGUAAAUGUAGGAUUUGCAGGUACAUGACAGUGCUUUUCUACUUGAAUGAAGUUAAAAGUGGAGGAGAAACAGCUUUCCCAUUUGCCAACAAAGAAAGUAUAGAUGAAAAUAAAGCUCAUAUAGAUGGAGUUCAUCAUUUAUACAAGAACUGUGAGAAUGCCACACUGCGUGUACCUCCUAAAAAAGGAAAGGCAGUCAUCUGGUAUAAUCAUUUUAUUGACGACGAUACAAACUGGAUGGGAGAGGUCGAUGAGUACACAUUACACGGAGGUUGUCCCGUCACAGAGGGUGAAAAAUGGAUUGCUAACUUCUGGAUUAAAACCAACAAUGACAAGUCAAUAGAUCUUAAAAAAAUGAAGAACUUAUAUAGCAAAUAAUCUGUAGUGUUUCUUGUAUUUUGUUUCGAAGAUAUAUACUAUGCUCAUCUUUGGUUAAAAUACUUUAAUUGAAAUAUAGGAAAUUCUUACUGAAUAUGUCUAAAUUGAAGUAAAAGAAUGUACAAACUGUGCAUGGCAAUCUACAUAUUCUAUUACUGUUCAAGUAAAUUUGGUCCUUUUUCAAAAAAUUGCCAGAUUUUUUAAUGACACUAUGUAUUCCAACUGUGUUUACCAAUAGUGUGUUGAGUUUAAAGCGUAAUAUAUCUUCUCUGUGUGUGCUCAAAAGCUGUUUAUUUAAAAGUUAAAAAGAGACUUUUAUCUGUAUCAGCAAUUAUCAGUAUUUUCAAAUAACGAAUUUGAGCAUAAUUUAUCUUUCAAUUAGUGCCUUUCCUUUUUAUGUUACUUUUAAUUAAUAUGCUCAAAUUGUAGAAAGUGAAAAUAAUAUUAAACUUAUGUAACAGUUUUUACAUUUUGUUGUCACAACCUUUGUGUAAAGAUUCUUGUUUUGUUCUGUUUAAAAUUUAAAUCGCAAUAGAUUUGCUCAAUUUUGUCAUAAAGGAAAAAUAUGUGCAUUUUGGUCCAAAAUGGAAAUUGUUCUUUGAAAGCAUCUAAUUUGUUGAUUUGAAAUUGACCAAUAAAUAUUUUCACACUGGUCCCCAUAUGAUAUAUUUUCAAUAAAUGUUAUCCGGAACUUGGCAAAUGUGGAUUUUCCCCAGCUAAUCCAUAGGUACAAACAAACUUUACUGUUACAGCUUCACGGUGUUCUACCAGUCACAAUAGAUUAGUCAACCAUUUGCGCUAAUUUUGGAAGCUGUAACUGUAAUAUUUUGUUUGUACCUACGGAUUAGCUGGGGAAAAAACUUGAAAUAUUUUUAAAUUCGGAAUAAGUUUAUUUGGAUCUGUAGGGCCGAGGAGAAUAUCAAACCUAUGCAUUAAUUUAUUUCACCAGUUUAUCAGUAGUCAUUUACUAUAAAUAUGUGUUCAUUUUUUUGUUUCAUUAUUUUUGAAAGCUCAAUAAAGAUAUAUUUGUACUGCUGCAAUAAAUUUACAAUCAAUUUUUGUAUAUUUGUAAUUAAAUUUUUGUUACUGUAGACACAUAUAUUUAUAUUGUAGAAUUUUUUUUCUUUCUUUUUUUGUUGUCUGUAAAAUAAUUUGUAAAAAGGUUUUUUUUUUAAAUUGAUAUUAUGUUUAUUAACUGGAAAUUUUAGCCAUAUGACAUAUUAAUUAGAGCUUUAAUGAGAUACUUUGGAAAAUAUGAGGGUUGUCCCAAUACGUAACAGUAUUUAUAGAGAUAACAUGCUACAGUUUUUUGAUAUCAAUUUUAUCAGGUAAGGCUGAUAUGGACUAGAAAGGGGCAAGGCUUUCCAGCCCUUUCUGCCUAUAUUAGCCGAGCCUGAUAAAAUUGGUUCAAAAACAGUAGCAUGCUUUCCUAUUUAUCAUGUAACACAUAAAUGUAAAAAUUAGAAAAAAAGUUACCUCUACAUAACGAAUUUUGUAGAUAGUGGCAUUUUUGUUCAAAGAAAUAAUUCUUGAAAACAAAUUCCUCCUCCCCUGAAGUUUAGAAUUUUUAUGUGGCGGCCAUUUUUUUCAUUCAACUUGAGAUAAUUUCCAUUGAUAAUAGAUACAACACAUACAACACACAUUGAAAUAAAAUAAGAUUCUUACCUUUAAACAUCGAUCCAAAACUAUCCCUAUGAAUCACAUAAACUUUACUGCAUUUUUUCCCCUGGGCAUAUCAAAUUCAAAAGUUCACCAUUAUUUCAGUUUCAAUCAAAGUCAAAUCAGCAAUCAAACACAAGGUACACAAACAUGCCUCUUAUUUUCUGAACGAAAUAAUUUGCUCACUUAUUUAAUAACAAUCCAUCAAAACAAAGUAAACAUAAAUUUACAUGUUGUCCGAGAAAAUGGUCUACUCUAGUUUCUUAUGUUUAUACAAUAAUAAUAAUGUGAAGGGACAUGUCAUUUGCAAAAUAAAUUAUGACAUCACUUCAUUAAGCUGGAGGUUAACUAUUCACUAUCUCAUUUGUUCUUAAUUGAAAACGAAAUAAAAACAAUAAAUAUCACAUCUUGAUUCAAGACUUGUCAGGGUAUGAGAUAAAAUUGAAGAAUUGAAAGGCUGAUAAAAAUGGGAAUUAUAAGGUAUUAAAACAAGUCCGUUAAAAUGGGCGGGGCUUAUUUUUUGAUAUCACUUACCUGAUAUUGAAAAUAAUUAUCAGGCAAGUGUUAUUGGGCAGUUACAAUGGCAAUUGCUUGAUAAAAAUACAAAAUAUUCAACAGGCUUCAGUAAAAAUUAUAACAUUUUUGCACAAUGGGACCCAAAGCUGCAACAUCAUAAUCAUAUAUAAUGUCAAUAUUUCUCAUUUUCAAAGUAUUCACCCCUAAGAAGGAUACACUAGUUGUGUGUGUUUGUCUUAUUUUACUUUAGACUGAUAAAUAACACAAUGUGUUCAAAAUUAUUUCAGGAGCAGGCAUAUUUCUUUUAGUCCACUACUUUCUGGGGCAGCCCUCUCAUACUAAUUACUGUUACUUGAAACAUUUUUGUAAAAUAUAUGGCAAAAUGAUAUGGAUGUUAAUGUCUUGUUCAUAAUGGCAAAAUUAGACUUUUGUGUUGUUAACCCUUUCCCACAUGAGCAUAUUGUGAAAAAUGGCCGUUUUCAGUGAAAAGCCUCCUGUUACAAGUUCAAACUGCUAUGAAACUAUGAAAAAUGCUUCAAUACUAAUCAAACUUGGCACAAAUGUUGACUGGACCAUUGCCUUUGUAAGGACAUGCUCAGUCUUAAAUUUCCUGUUACCAUGGCAACGAGGGGACAUCUCAAAAGUGCAUUGUUUCGCGUAUAUAUGAGGUAAAGGGUUAACUGAAGCUGUGUCAUCAGGCAUAUCAACUUAAUUAAAUGCCAUUUACAUGUAUUAAGUUAUGAUAGUUGUUUAUGGUUUACAGGUUUCAUGUUUCGUGUAUUUUUGUACAGAUGUAUUUCUAUAUCACUUUUUCAAUGUAUGUGAUAUGACAUAAGGAAAUGAAUUUGAUGCAUUGAAUUAUUAAAUAAAUGUAGAUUUUCA